GGUCUCCUCCAUCAAAGAGGUUGACUACCGGUCGGAGAGUGUGAGGAUGGUGUGCACGAUGCGACACGGUAGGACCGCGUUCGAUUGAGCCUGAGGAAACGCUGAAACGAGGAACGCCGCGCUCUGUCUUUUUCUCGGUGUGCCGACAAAUCAAUAAAAAGAAAGCGAUUUGCCGUUUAAUUUGUGUACAGUGCUGGCAGCAAUUUGCGCGGGUGCAACCAUGCUUCGAAGCAAGAUGGCAAUUACGCUGCUCUGCGUUCUGCUGAUCGGGCACCACGUCCAGGCAGUGGUUAACAAAGCGCAAUCCCAAGUGCUUGCUAACAAGGAAGAAGGGAAACUGAAUGAAAUUAAGGCUAACGAAAGGAUAAGCAAUUAUGGUCCACCUGCUGACGACUAUGGACCUCCGAUCGGAUCAAAUAUUAAAGGACCAGCACCGGUUUACGGCCCACCGGAACUAGUAGGUGAUCAAGGGCCAACACCUAUAUAUCCGCCACCACCGCCAGAUAUUCCACCACCUGUCUACGGACCACCAUUAUCUUCAUAUGGACCGCCACGAAUUAUUAAACCGCUUCAUGUUCCACCGAAACAAAGUUUCGGCCCUCCUUUGUCUCCGUUGCCUUCGAAGCUGAGUUUUGGCUCGCUGAAACUUCAUUACGGGCCACCGAAGCAACAUUAUGGACCGCCGUAUUCAUUCGCUUCGUUUAGGCUACCAAAACCUCAAUACGGUCCGCCAUUGAAAUUUACAUCCUCUGUGUCCAAUCAAUACAUAGCCGUGGGAUCCUCGAGUCUUGGACCAACGAAACCGGCACACGGACCUGCCAUUCCCGUAUCUCUCGAUACCUAUAGCGUGCCUCCGCAAAAACUUGCUGUUCAAUUUACUUCUCAACCGAAUGACAACUACGGACCACCUCCUCCACCAUCGCUUUCGCUGGUGCCCGAAGCACAGUACGGACCACCUGCUGGUGAUCUGUACAGGCCACCUCCACCGAUUCCUCCACCAGGAGUGCCAGCACCACCUACACCGCCCGAUAUAAAAUACGACGGCUGGCAACCCAUUGCUGGAUUGGCCAAUCAACAUGGACAGCCUGCGAACACUUACGGACCUCCAUCCGACGAGCACAGGAAUUUGGAUGGCCAUUCCGUGAGUCUGCAUAUUGGACAGUCUACGAGCAACGUUAUCGAGAAUCCAAAUGUACCAAAUGAUUCUUAUGGAGUUCCAAUUCACAAUCCUGAGGCUCAAGACUUGAAGACUUCGGUAAAGUCUAAUUCUAAUGAUAACAAAGGCUUGCCACCGCCACCAUUGCCGGAAUACGAACCAUUCCACAGCGAAAACUCACCAAAGAAGGAACAUCCUCAAACAGGUGUGCAUGGUCAGCUUAAUUUACAAUACGAAGUGCCCAAGGUAGAACCGCUUUCUAUCGUAAAGACCGUUGGAUUCGAGUUGUUACCUACAAAUCCGUCAUUAACUUCGGAUCAUAGUGCAGUAUUGCCCACGUUAAAAUCACCCGUGCUUGAUACCGGAUUCCAUUUGAAUCUCGGCAGUGCAGACUCUCACGCGUUCCAGAAUCUAGGAAAUGAUUUGUCGCUAUCGCAAAUAUCUGUAAACGGCCUCUCCAAUAACUACGGCCCGCCGUUGUCAAGCAUUUCCUUUGGAAAAUUGAAUUCCAUCGAAUCGGGCAUUCCUUUGCCACCACCUCCUGUUCUCGACUCAUACGGCGCCCCUCCUCCUUCAUCCUACUCACCUAAUGGUCCUUAUCCAGCUGCCGAAGCAGGUCGAGCAUCGUCGUUUGCUUCUUUCGCAUUACACGGUAGCUCGCUUUUUAAGCAAAAUUUGCAUUACCAUCGACCCCACGGAUCCUUUAGACAUCCAUUACCCCUUCCAGGUACCCUGAUUCCUCCAAGAAACCGUGAACCGAUUAAGUUCAAAGAAUCCGUUCCUAGCGGACUUUUGACUAACCUUAACCGUUACUUACCACCGCUGAGACACGUUGAGCUAGCCAAAGCGCCAAAAACUUACCUUCCGCCCUUAUCGUUCGAACAGCAGUUACCUGCCCUCCAUGCUCCAGUUGCUUUCAACAAACUACCCAGUGUCAGCUUGAAUUCGCCAAUAGCAGCUCCGAAUGCCCAAUAUGGCACGCCAUUAUCCUUUAGCAACUUUAACACUCCAGCGCCAGUGUUGACGUACGGAGCGCCUAACUUUGGACCCGCUUCUUCCUUCGUCUCCACCUCCACUGGCUUUGGCAACAAUUUAUACGACAGCAUCAGCAACACCAUAACCACCACGUAUGGCACUCCGGUAGUGAAUUUACCGUUGUCGACAGGUGGUGGACACGAUUGCGGUUUCGAUCAGGCGACUGGUACGCAGUACAGCUUUGAGGAUCUCGGAAGCCACGCGUUAAACGUCGGCUCUCACGGCUCAAGUUUCGGGGCCGCUCUUUCCACUGGUCUCAAUCAGAAUUCGCUGUUUAAGGACGGUACCUUGUCAAACGGUUUUAGUGGGUUGGAUAUCACGCAAUCGAUAGGUCAGCUAAGCCUAGAAAACAUAGAGCAACCGAAAACGAACCUGAAGGACAGCUACGGCAGUUCGAUAGGCGUGAGCUACGCCACUUCUGAAAACACGGACAACGUUUUGUCCAGCGACCACAGUCAAUCGGCUGAAGUCACGAACGUACUUUCGGCGCCACCCGCUAUACAAUCUCAAGAGUCGUUCUCCUCUAACGCUCAUUUCCAACAGGAGAACGGCGGGAUAAAAGCUGAAGCGUUAACCGCGAGCUUGAACGAGCAAGGAUACGGCCAUGCAAAGAACUUAGCGUCGAACGAAGUGGACGCUAGUCAAUUUCUGAAUACCCACGAAGGCAGCGAAGCUCUGUCCCUGGCGAAGGGACUGACGGCCAAUGGAGCCGACGGUUUCGAGGUUCAGGGUUCCAAGGGAACGUACACGUUGCAAAUCCAAGCUGCUGAUGGAGGAUUAGGAACGGAGAAUUCGGAUGGUAGUAUCAGGCACGAUCAGGUGCUGUCUAAUGGGCUCUUGCAGGAUAUCCUCGCGGCUAUCGAACAGCCUGAACAAGGGCAGAUACAAGUUCAAGGUCAUCCGGAGGCACAGCAAUUACAGCACGUGUUCAGCGAUUUACCGCAGGCUGGAAACAUCGAAGUUCCUAAAGGACAUUACAUCACGGUGGCAGAGAACAAUCAAAGGAAAGAUUCUGAUGAAUUAGGUGGACAAGCUGGCGACAGGAGCGAAGCCGAAUUUAAUAAAGGAGAGUCCACGAAAAAGGAGGCUGUCGCUCUUUUCUUCAACAAUCAAUACGGUGACUCGAGGAAAGAGAUAAGGUCGGUGGCGAAAAACGAGAACGUGGCAACUGUUCUUUCGAACGAUGGGAAGAACGUUAGCGGGACAAAGUCCUCUUAAAUCAUAUCGUUUGUCUAGGAAAUACCUUCGUUGAUAGAUUCUUUGGUAAUGUAUGGUAAUUUAUGUAACAAACAGACUUUCGUUCUCUUUCGCAUUACCAAGUUAAGCUACGGUACUACGGGACUGAGGCGCAAAAUUUGAAAUCGUUCCGCGUAGAAGUUAUUCAUUAAAGUCAUUAAGUUAAGAACUAUAUUUUUAAUUACAAAAUAUUUAAAUUUUAUAUAUUAUAUAUAAAUAUUAUAGUUAUGAAAUGUCCUAAUGGAUAGAAACGAACUCAAAAUCGCGCUCGCUUUCGAUCGUUUUCACCAGAUUGCAAUCUACAAACGGAUUUGAUUACUCUUUGCACCAUAACGAUUAUCGUUGAUUACUGACACGUGAGAAACAUCUUGAGUUUACAUUCCAUUUUAGAGCAUGCCAGAAUGAAAGGGAAGCCACAAAUGGCCUAACGUUCCGUUAGGAAGCGAAAACAAUGAUCGUUUCUUCAGAAAUAUAUCGAUGACAGGUUGUGAAUCCGAACGGUUUCCUCAAGAAAUUCUCUUUCUUCGGCGAAACGGUAAUCGCGUAACGUCAUCGGCGAAUCUCAUUCUCCUUUCUUUCUUCUCACGCGAACAUACUUCAUGUUCGCGAAGGCAGAUCCUAUCAGAGUUUAAUUGCGACACAAGCAAGCACCGAAAGUCCUCGAGUGUUCCUCCGUUCCUUUCCGAAGAACCAUUCUACUCGCCUUUUCACUCGAAAACUCUUCAGGAGAUGGAGAGGUUUCAUGUGAACGAAAGCAAGUAAAAGUAUCAGAGCGAUCCGUUUCGGGGUCGACGAGCAAUCGUGUCAUGGCCAUUCGCGCGAGCCAACAUAUCUUAGAAUCGACGUUUUUUAAUCGCUCGAUUGACGCACCAGUGUCUAACGCGACAAGAAUUUAGAUCGAUUACAAAUUACACAUUACAGAUUUAGGUCGUUCGAUUACAAAUCGUCGUCGUUUGAGAAAUAAAAGGCGGGAGAUGGCCGUAUCGAGCAACUUUCAUCGUUGACGUUCGGGCACGUGAUCGAACGAGAACGCCAGUCUCUCGCGUACUUCCACAUCUUUAACCUUCACCGAGGUGAAAGUUCAGUACCUCGUCCAACAGCUUCGUGCUAGUGAUACCUACCUUUUGCGAGAAUCUCGUUUCCAGUGAAACGCAUUGCUCGACUCUGCGGGCGUUCAACGAGCGCGAUACACACGGUUUUGCAUACCUUUGUGACAAUAACAGGUAGAUAUGCAUAUAUCUAGUCCGUUGUUUCUCGAUGAGAUACGCUAUACCCAGUUAUACACCGCACUAGAGGGGAUGACUUUUUAGGCGCCUUGGCUUGCUCGGGGUGUGCUAAUCGCAUUGAAAAUAGAAACACCGUUACGUGAUACGCGUCGUGGAACUUUAGCGAGAUCUUGUUAAUUGUAGUACCCUCGCGUUAAUAUUAGAUACUUUUAAUAAAAAAAGACGCUACGUUGGACGCAAUCUUUCAUCAUUUGCAAUGACAAUUAAAUUGUAAUUUAAUUUAUUCACCUACACACACGUAUACGUUAUAUUAUAUUCUGUGCAGAACAGAGAAGAAUAUAAUAUGGAACCCUGUUUUGCUUUUAAGUAAUAUUUCAAAAAUUAGAUUUACUAUUAUUGUCAGAAAUAAAUUUCUGCGCUCCAGUGUAUUCGGAACGUUGGUUUCAGAUGACUAGUAUUAUAGCAUAUAGCGGAUUAAGCGUAUAGAAGCAGAUAAAGCAUAUAGCUUCUCGCUUACGAAUCGAACAAAUGACAUUUCCUUAUGACAAAUAAGAAGAAUUCCACAUUGUCAUUCUUAAAUAUUUUCGACGAUAUUUUUCUCGAGUCUGGUAGUUGAGCUAAGGUUACUAAAUAUUUUGUUUCUUUACUCCUAUAUCAUUAUGUGUAUUUAUAGUUAUGUCAUCGUGCACGAUACUUAAGAUAUUAUUCUCAAUACGAGGUUCUAAUUUACUAACAGGAUUCUAUAUUGCUACUUUUUCCUACAAUAUUUAUAAUAUGUGUAUCGCUUAAUUUAGCAACGUAAUUUCCUUUAAUGGAACAGUUAGAACGCCUUUAUAAGUGAACGCAUUUAGAAGUACAAGCACCCAAAGAUACACGAGUCAUCCUCGUGUAAAGAAGCGGUAAAACUCAGCCGCCUGACACGUUGAUAACCGACGCGAUCUAACAAGCUGAAAUACAACUGGCCAGAGAUAUAGGUAAUAAAAUGUUAACGCGUUCGCAUGUGCGCUCAUCGACGCGAGCUUAAAACCAGCUGCGUAUCGCAGCGUAUACGCAUUCCGUAUUCGGAGUAGUCUUAAACUUCUUCUACUUUUAUAGUGCUGCCUGGCAAAUGGUUAUGCAUAACUUGGUGUAUUGCAGAUACGUAAAAUAAGUAGAGCGUAUAAGCUUAAGAGAGAUGCUCAUUGUUAAGAAAUACGCAGUGACGAUGCUGCCAAGCCAUAAAACACGUCAACUCGCUCCUAACUUCUAUCCACCUCUAUGUUCUUCCUUCCUUCCUUCUUUCCCUCUCUCUUUUUUUUAUGGAUUAAUUUAUUAUUUUAUGUACGUAACGUCUCGUGCAUAUGGCUUACCGUACGCACGAUACGUCCAAUCGACGUUAUUAGUUUGUUGAACAUAGCGCGCGAACUGUAUUUUAUAUAUAUAUAUGUAUUUGUUUACGAGGUUGC